AUGAAUUACGAAUUUGAGCGAGAGAUUGGUUUUAUCAAUAGCCAGCCGUCGCUCGCUGAGUGCCUGACAUCUUUUCCCCCUGUCGCUGAUACAUUUCAAAGUUCAUCAAUCAAGACCUCGACGCUUUCACACUCGACACUGAUUCCUCCUCCUUUUGAGCAGACCAUUCCCAGCCUGAACCCGGGCAGUCACCCUCGCCACGGCGCUGGCGGCCGCCCCAAAUCGAGCCCUGCGGGCAGUCGCGGCAGUCCGGUGCCCGCCGGCGCCCUGCAGCCGCCAGAGUACCCCUGGAUGAAGGAGAAGAAGGCGGCCAAGAAAACCGCGCUGCCGCCCGCCACUGCCGCCUCCACGGGCCCUGCUUGCCUCGGCCACAAAGAAUCCCUGGAAAUCGCUGCUGAUGGCAGCAGCGGGGGAUCCAGGCGCCUGAGAACUGCGUACACCAACACUCAGCUUUUGGAGCUGGAAAAGGAAUUUCAUUUCAACAAGUACCUUUGCAGACCCCGGAGGGUGGAAAUCGCCGCGCUGCUGGAUUUGACUGAGAGACAAGUGAAAGUGUGGUUUCAGAACCGGAGGAUGAAGCACAAGAGGCAGACUCAGUGCAAGGAGAACCAAAACAGCGAAGGGAAAUUUAAAAGCCUGGAGGACUCAGAGAAAGUGGAGGAGGACGAGGAAGAGAAGUCACUCUUUGAGCAAGCCCUGAGCGUCUCUGGGGCCCUUCUGGAGAGGGAAGGUUACACUUUUCAGCAAAACGCGCUCUCUCAACAGCAGGCUCCCAAUGGACACAAUGGCGACUCCCAAACUUUCCCAGUUUCGCCUUUAACCAGCAAUGAGAAAAAUUUGAAACAUUUUCAGCACCAGUCACCCACUGUUCCUAACUGCUUGUCAACAAUGGGCCAGAACUGUGGAGCUGGCCUGAACAAUGACAGUCCCGAGGCCCUCGAGGUCCCCUCUUUGCAGGACUUUAAUGUUUUCUCUACAGAUUCCUGCCUGCAGCUUUCAGAUGCUCUGUCGCCCAGCUUGCCAGGCUCCCUGGACAGUCCCGUAGAUAUUUCAGCUGACAGCUUUGACUUUUUUACAGACACACUCACCACAAUCGACCUACAGCAUCUGAAUUACUAA